AUGAUUAGUCCUAAACUGAUUGAGUUGGAGCAUUUACAAUAUUUGCACCUUGCAUCCAUUGAUUUCAAUGGGAGCCAAAUUCCAGAUUUCAUUGGUUCUCUAACCAAUCUAAAAAACCUCAGUCUCCAUUCCUGUCAUUUGGUUGGUCAAAUUCCAAGUUCGUUUGGAAACCUCAUGCAAUUGCAACAUCUCGACCUCAGCUAUAAUCAGCUUCAACCAGAAAAUCUCAAUAGGCUUGGAAACCUCACGAAAUUGCAACAUCUCGACCUCGCCUAUAAUCAGCUUCAACCAAAAAAUCUCAAUUGGCUCCCUGCUCUUUCUUCUUUAACGUAUUUGGACCUUGAAUUCUUUAAUUUCAAUGGGAGCCAAUUUCCAAAUUUCAUUGGUUCUCUAACCAAUCUAAGAUACCUCUGUCUCAGUGACUGUAAUUUGGUUGGUCAAAUUCCAAGUUCGUUUGGAAACCUCACACAAUUGCAACAUCUCGACCUCAGCUAUAAUCAGCUUCAACCAGAAAAUCUCAAUAGGCUUGGAAACCUCACAAAAUUGCAACAUCUCGACCUCACCUAUAAUCAGCUUCAACCAAAAAAUCUCAAUUGGCUCCCUGCUCUUUCUUCUUUAACGUAUUUGGACCUAAGCGGAGCCAAUCUCAGUACUGUUUUGGACCUUGCAUUGAUUAAUUUCAAUGGGAACCAAUUUCUAGAUUUCAUUGGUUCUCAAACCAAUCUAAGAAACCUCAGUCUCUAUUCCUGUAAUUUGGUUGGUCAAAUUCCAAAUUCGUUUGGAAACCUCUCGCAAUUGCAAAAUCUCGGCCUCGCCCAUAAUCAGCUUCAAGCAGAAAAUCUCAAUAGGCUUGGAAACCUCACGCAAUUGCAACAUCUUGACCUCAGCUAUAAUGAGCUUCAACCAAAAAAUCUCAAUUGGCUCCCUGCUCUUUCUUCUUUAACGGAUUUGUACCUAAGCGGAGCCAAUCUCAGUACUGUUUUCGAUUGGCCAGAAGCAGUACUUAAUAAGCUCCCUAAACUAGUAGACUUGAGAUUGGAUAACUGCAGUCUUCCUCCUCCUCCUACUCCAAUUCUUUCCACUACUCUUUACAAAACAAAAUCUUCUACAUCUCUUGCGCAUGUUCUUCUCUCUAACAACCAUUUCACUUCGUCAAUAUUUCUUUGGUUGUCCAAUUACAGUACAAGCCUUUUUAGUCUUGACCUCUCCAACAAUAAUCUAGCUGGUUUCAUUCCCGAUUUCACUAGAAACAUGAGCUCUCUUCGGGAUCUGGAUCUAUCCAACAAUUAUCUGACUGGUUUCAAUCCCGAUUUCCCUGGAAACAUAAGCUCUCUUUGGUAUCUGGAUCUCUCCUUGAAUAAUCUAACUGGUUUCAUUCCCGAUUUCAUUGGAAACAUGAGCUCUCUUGAGUCUCUGGAUCUCUCUGAAAACCAGAUUGAAGGAGCGAAUCCAAAUUCGUUUGCAAGGCUGUGUAAUUUGCGAGCAUUGUCGCUUCAAACAAAUCAUUUGAGUGAACAAUUAUCCAAGUUUGUUCAACUGUUGCCUAGAUGUGCUCAAAACUCAUUAAAGUUUUUGGACCUCUCUGAGAAUGCUCUUGCGGGGUCAUUAAACAAUCUUACAAGCUUCUCAUCUUUGAGAGACUUGUAUCUUUAUGCCAAUCAAUUAAGCGGAAAAAUACCUGAAAGUAUUGGGCAAAUGUCGCAACUGGAGAACAUCGGUUUCGGCUUCAAUCAAUUAAGCGGAAAAAUACCUGAAAGUAUUGGGCAAAUGUCGCAACUGGAGUUAAUCAAUUUCAUCGAAAACUCUUUGGAAGGGGUGGUUUCAGAAACUCAUUUCUCAAAACUUUCCAAAUUAUUUAUUUUGGAAUUAUCCUCUAACUCACUAGUUUUAAAUUUCCAUUCUGAUUGGGUUCCUCCCUUCCAGUUAUAUUCCAUAGCUUUGGGGUCUUGCAAGAUGGGUCCACAUUUCCCAAAAUGGCUUCAAACUCAAAAUUAUUAUGCCGAGCUUGAUAUUUCGAAUGCUGGAAUUUCUGAUAUCAUUCCAAGUUGGCUUUUGAGUAAUUUUCGUAAUGCAGACGUUACAGUGGAGUAUGAAUAUCAACGACGACUAGAUUUGAGUUCGAACCAAAUAGAAGGUCCAAUUCCCUCAACUCUGUCACGAGUCUAUUAUCUGGAUCUCUCUAAUAAUCACAUUUCAGGGUCGCUUUCUUUCCUAUGUGCAAGUGCAGAUAUGAGUUUAACAUAUCUUAAUCUUUCAAGCAACAGUUUUGCUGGAGAACUUCCAGAUUGCAGGAGCCAUUUGGAGACUCUAAUCAUGCUUGAUUUGAGUAACAACACCUUUUCUGGAAAAAUUCCCAUGACAAUAGGCUCUUUAUUUCAAAUGCAAACUUUGAAAUUAAGAAGCAACCGAUUUGUUGGAGAAUUGCCUUCAUCGUUGAAGAACUGCACAAGUUUAGAAGUUAUUGAUCUAGGAGAUAAUAAAUUAUCAGGACCAAUACCUACAUGGUUAGGUGUGAGCUUCAAGAAUUUGGUUAUCCUGAUGCUUUCCACUAAUCACUUCAAUGGAAGCAUGCCCUCACAAUUAUGCCAUCUAACACACAUUAAAAUUAUGGAUUUCUCUAUGAACAACAUCUCUGGAAGCAUACCCAAAUGCCUCAACAAUUUGACUACUCUGGCUCAAAAAGGAAAUCCAAGUCUAUCCAGCACACAUUUUUUUGGCGGAAGUACGGGUAUUGAGUCAAUUGCUCCUACUAAUUAUGACGAUGAUGCAAGCUUCAUAUGGAAAGGAAGAAUGCAGACAUACAAAAGCACUUUGGGCCUUGUGAAGAGAAUUGAUCUCUCAAGAAAUAGAUUAACAGGGGAGAUUCCAGGUGAAAUCACUCAUCUGGUUGGAUUGAUUUCUUUAAACCUUUCGAGAAACCAAUUAACAGGUCAAAUAACUCCAGAGAUCGGAAACUUGCAGUCAUUGGAUUCGCUUGAUUUAUCAAGAAACCAGAUAGAUGGAGGAAUUCCAACAAGCCUUGCUCGGAUAGAUCGUCUUAGUUUCUUGGAUUUGUCAUAUAACAACUUGUCUGGCAAAAUACCAACAGGCACUCAGCUCCAAGGCUUUGAUCCCUCUGUUUAUGGUGGAAAUCCUCAACUCUGUGGACCUCCGCUUAAAAAGAUGUGUGCCGAUCGAAAUGAGAAAAUUGACUUGAGCAAUCAAGAGGAUAAGGAUGAGCUUAUAACACUGGGAUUUUACAUCAGUAUGGGGCUUGGAUUUGCUGCUGGAUUUUGGGGAGUUUGUGGCACUUUGAUAUUCAACAGGUCAUGGAGAUACGCAUACUUGAAGUUCUUGAAUGGUUUAAAUGAUUGGCUUUAUGUGAGGGUAGCUUUGAUCAAGCGGCAACUAAAGCUAGCACAUGCUUAA